AUGAUCAUUGAUGUUUCUCGAAUGGGUAAUGCGUCUACUAAAACGGAUGCUAUCUCUAAUUUGGAUUACAAUAUUCUUUUUAGUUGCAAUGUGAAGUUAAACCCUUCAAAGUAUUGUAUUGUGAAAGAAUUUCUUUGGCUGUGGGAGUUAAACCAUCAUAUUUUGAAUUGGGUGAAGUGUAAUAUUGAUGGUGCAGCUGUAGAAGUUCUGGGUGUCGCUGUUUGUGGUGGUAUUUACGGGGACUAUAAGGGUAAUCACCUCGGUAGCUUUUUGAUGUAUAUUAGAGUUGGAAAUGCUCUCAUGGCAGAGCUUAAGGCUAUCAUAGUGGCCAUUGAGAUUGUGAAAGACAAAAAUUAG